AUGAGAGCUCUGACAUGGACGGGACUCUCACCGCCGUCAAUGGUGACGCGAACGUCGACUUCGACGGUUAACUUACGACGGAUUAGUCUCCGGAGAGAUCGCGUCUGUGUUAGAGCUACGGCGUCGUCGAGUGCGACGGUUUCCGGCGAAGGAACAGCAGAAGCUGUAGAAUUGGUUGAGAUUGGAGAGAGAUCUAAGAAAUGGAAGUGGAAAGGAGAAUAUUCAAUCAAUUACUUCGUGAAUAAUUCGCCGGAGGAAGUAACUCCGGCGAGUCAGACUCUUCUCUUGGUGCAUGGCUUUGGCGCUUCAAUUCCUCAUUGGAGAAGGAACAUAAAUGCUCUGUCCAAAAACCAUGCAGUGUAUGCGAUUGAUCUUCUAGGUUUUGGUGCUUCGGAGAAGCCGCCUGGUUUUAGCUAUACUAUGGAGUCAUGGGCUGAAUUGAUACUUAGCUUCUUGGAGGAAGUAGUUCAGAAACCGACUAUUUUGAUUGGAAACUCUGUUGGAAGCCUUGCUUGCGUCAUUGCUGCCUCAGAAUCGGGACAAGAUUUGGUCAAAGGUCUUGUUUUACUGAACUGUGCUGGUGGUAUGAACAACAAAGCUGUGUUUGACGACUGGAGAAUCAAGCUGCUGAUGCCAUUGCUCUUGCUUAUCGACUUCUUACUCAAGCAAAGAGGAAUUGCUUCCGCACUAUUCAACCGCGUUAAAGACAGGGAUAAUCUCAAGAACAUCUUGACGAAUGUUUAUGGGAACAAGGACAAUGUAGAUGACACCCUUGUAGAGAUUAUCGCUGGACCAGCAAACAGCGAAGGUGCGCUAGAUGCGUUUGUUUCAAUCUUAACGGGUCCACCUGGACCAAACCCGAUUAAGCUGAUUCCGGAAAUAACCAAACCGGUUCUUGUCCUAUGGGGUGACCAAGAUGGAUUAACCCCUCUCGACGGUCCUGUAGGUAAGUACUUCACAUCACUUCCGGGUCAGUUACCUAACUUCAGCCUCUAUGUUCUGGAAGGAGUUGGACACUGCCCACAAGAUGAUCGUCCGGAUCUUGUCCAUGAGCGUCUCCUUCCAUGGCUGGCUCAGCUUUCUUCCACAUAG